GUGGCGUUUCUUUGGAGCUGGGGGGGGGGGUGUUCUCCCCAGACUGUCAGUGCCACGAGGGCAGGGCCUGACUCGGGGGCGUAGGUGCAAAAGAACUUAGUGGGCUGCGUGGGGGGGCGGCACAAGCAUUCAUUAGGCGCCUACUGUAUGCCGGCAGCCGGCCCCGCCCUAGAGGGGCAUACAUUCUUUGGGCAAGUGUGUGCUGAUUCCUGGGACGAGGCCGGAACCUGGGACCCGGGGGCCCCUCCCGAGUGAGGAAGGCCCUUCCCCCGGGGCAGGUCGCCCCUUGUCGGCAUCCCACACAAAGCGGGCUGCGGUCACACCGCUAACUUCGGCCACAGGGCAGGCCCGCUUCCUCCUCCUCCUCCCCCGAACAAGGCAUCUCGGCGCCCGCGGCGAGGCCGAAGUGGGCCCUCGCGGGCCUCCGCGGCCGCCGUAGCUCCAGGCCGGGCCCGGAAGCGGAAGAGGUGCCCGCAGUGUUUGGUGCGCCUGCGCAGCACCAGGGAGGCGGGACUCGUCACGGCCGAGUUCGCGGUAGUUUUGACCAGCUUCGCAAGCCUUCGACUUUCGCUGUCAUGGCCGAGUACGCUUCAGUCAAGUCGACCAAGCUGGUGCUGAAGGGCACGAAAGCCAAGAGUAAGAAGAAGAAAAACAAAGAGAAGAAGAGGAAAAGGGAAGAGGAGGAAGAAAGCCAGCUCGACUGUGUCGGAAACUGGUGGGCAGUCAGAAACUUUGGUGAAAUUUCUGGAACCAUAGCGAUCGAAAUGGACAAAGGAACCUACGUCCACGCCCUCGACAACGGCCUCUUUACCCUGGGAGCCCCACACAGAGAAGAUGACGAGGGCCCCAGCCCUCCCGAGCAGCUCACAGCAGUCAAGCUGUCAGAUUCCAGAAUUGCCCUCAAGUCUGGCUAUGGAAAGUACCUUGGAAUAAAUUCCGAUGGCCUGGUUGUGGGGCGAUCCGAUGCCAUAGGACCCCGGGAGCAGUGGGAGCCGGUCUUCCAGGACGGGAAGAUGGCUCUGCUGGCUUCCAACAGCUGCUUCAUCAGAUGCAAUGAGGGGGGUGACAUAGAAGCCAAGAGCAAGACUGCUGGAGAAGAAGAAAUGAUCAAGAUUCGCUCUUGUGCGGAAAGAGAAACCAAGAAGAAAGACGACAUUCCCGAAGAGGACAAGGGAAACGUGAAGCAAUGUGAAAUCAACUACGUAAAGAAAUUCCAGAGUUUCCAAGACCACAAGCUGAAAAUAAGCAAAGAAGACAGCAGAGUUCUUAAAAAGGCCCGCCAGGACGGACUCUUUCACGAGACACUCCUGGACAGGAGAGUCAAGUUGAAAGCGGACAGAUACUGCAAGUGAGGGAAACCUUCGUCGUCCCUGUCUCCUUUUCCUUGUUCUUCCCAAAUAAAACGCUCGGCAGAUGUGACUCUUUGUAAAGAAAAGUUGUUUCCUUUGUGUUCGUGUGGAGGCCCUCACAAGACGUGAUGAUCCAUCAGCAUCACGCCCUUGGCCACCCGAUGCUGUCGGGGCCUCGAUAGAGGAAGCGCCUCAGACCAAGGGGAGCCCUGAGACAUCACUGGGAGAAGAGCCCACAGUCCUGGAGUUGUCCUCCUUGGGUGGGAUGGAUGUCUCCAGAGACCCCCCAGGCCCUGAGGCUUUCCCUCCUUGGAACUUGAUCCACACUUACAAAUUAGGUGGUGUGGCCUCCCCAGCUGAGAACUUAGAGCAAAACUUGAUUUCAAAGCCUUUUGGGGAGAAAUGGAGUCUGGAUGCAGGCCACGGGAAGCGCAGAUGGCAGGGUAAAGGAGCAGAAGACCCGCCCCCCAAGCCUGCAGAGUGUCUCCAGUGAAUGGGCUCCCACUCUGGAAGGGAGGCAGCUGUGCCAAGAGGCGUCUAGAACAGAUGAGGUGGGCCCUGCAGGAGCAGCAGCUUCCUCCAUGCAGGCCCUAGAGAGGUGUCACCCAAGUCUAGCUGGGGUCAGAGUUCACCACACCUCCCUCCUCCUGCCGGAAGGGAGUGACCGCUCACUCUGACAAGUGUCCUCCAGCUCCUGGGAAAGAACAUGGCUAAGAGUGGGCAAGGCCCUGCUGAUCAUCUCGCUGUAUUCCAGGUGGGGAGUCGAGAGUCCUGCCCAGGGGGCACUAGUGCUCUUGUGCACCCCCCCCCCAUAAAUGUUUCCUCUGGAUUGA